AUUUUUGUUGUUGUUGAAAAACUAGUGGGAAAAAAAUGGUAUAAGGUUUAUAAAACAAUUCAAGUUAUGGAGGGGGAAAAAUUGCUGGCAGCUCUAAUAAUGCUCUAAUUUGUUUUGAGCCUUCUCUUUACUUAUUAGUCGAUGCUAUUAUUUUUAUUAUAUAUUAAAAAUAAUUUUGUGCUAUAUCUUUUUCCUUAAGGCGGCUCCUCUACCGGCUGCGGACCAGGCCAACUGAUAUUUUAAUCCAGCUCAUUUAAGUAUAUGAUAUCAAUAUUCAACCUUCAGUUACAACCGGUCUAGUUCGCAAUAGCUACGUGCUAUUAUGUCAUAGCUGUCUUUGGAUUUAAUUGGGAAGCCUCAAAAUUUACUCACUCAUAAUUUGGUGGGUCGUGAAAAAUAUUAAUCAACAUCCAUUCAUGUGAACAAUUAUGUGUAGGUUGAUCGAGCGUGUGAUGGGGGAUAAUGAAUAGAUUUCAGUCGUUUGACAAUUUCUGAAGAUGGAGUUGUGCAAGAUUUUGUAAAUAUGGAAUUUGUACUAGAUAAUGUUUUUACGGAUUGCUCGCUAUGUCGAAGAAUUUUAAUUAGUUGGAAACCGAAUAUAUCUAGACAAUCGUGGGCUCAUCAAUGUCCUUAUAUUAACAGCCUGUGUGAAACACUGCAGUUGUUGUUGCGGCCGCUGAUCAGCAGCAACUACCUUGAGUGCGGAUUCCCAAAUGAAAGCAGACAGAGCUUCGAGACGAGUUGGGUCCAUGACAUGGUUCUCAGCGUGGCUAUUGCAUUCUUGUCGAACACGAAUCUCCUCGAGGCUCCCUUUCGUUGUUGUUGUUGGUGAUGGACGUCGGAAAAUACACGUCUUUCAUAAACACUAGGCGCUCUCGAGAGAUUGACUCGCUGAGAUGAACUCGAGUGCAUCGCCAAUGUCAUUGAGAGGUUGAUAAUUCGUUACUACAUACAUCCUUUAUUACCAUUUGUAUUCCCUUACAAUACAGUAAUCUUUUUAUAUUGUUAAAUGAAUGCUUGAUCAUCAGGUGGGGGAUCAGUGACGAAGAUGUGGUGCCGAACUAUUUCAAGUUUUGGUUCAACACAUUGCUUGACCUGUUUGCUGACAUAGAAGCUCAUGUAUCAAAGGAAGGCAGGUCCUUCUGCAUGGUGUAUGCAAGGAGAGGGGUAAUUGCUAUUUGCUUAAUCAAUUCACUACAAAAAGGCACCAAUUUACCCACACACAAAAAAAAACUACUAAUAAGUAUAUGAAUUACAGGUGAAAGAGUUGGUGAGAACAUACAUCAAGGAAGCAAGGUGGUACAACAAAGGUUACAUACCCACAAUGGAAGAGUAUGUGCCUAAUGGUUAUGUGAGCGUCGGUUAUCCCCUAGGUAUGACAAUUCUUUGUUGUGGCAUGGGGGAAGCCGCUUCAGAAAGAGGUCUUCCAAUGGUUGUUCAAUCAACCAAACCCUAAUAUUGUUGUGGCCGGUUCUAGCAUUGUCAGGCUCAUGGACGACAUAGUCUCUCACGAGUUCGAGCAAGAGAGGGGUCGUGUUGCUUCGUCCGUAGAGUGUUACAUGAAACAAUAUGGUGUGUCGAAACAAGAGGCACAUGAGGGCUUGAACAACUUGGUAGAAAUUUUGUGGAAAUACGUGAAUGAAGAUAUGUUGCGGCCUUUUGAAGGCUCCGAUGCCAGUUCUUACGGUUAUAGUCAACCUGGUGCGAAUCAUGGACUUGUUGUAUAAAGACGAAGACACUUUUACAAAUGCCAAGACCUUCAUGAAAGAAGUGAUCACCAGCACUUUGGUGGAACCCAUUCCUAUAUAACUGUCUUUCGUUUUUUCAAUAAUAUCUUGGGUGGUUUGGAGUGAAUAUGCACACUAGUCAAUAAUAGAAACUCGUGAUAUAAUAAUUAACAAUCAUUCUGAAAAGUAUAUCCUUUUUCUUUCUUUGAUGUUUGCUGGCCUUCAUAUAUUAUUGUCUGAACUAACUAUGCUCAGAAAAUAAUGAGAUUGACACAUGAUUAUUUUCUUAGGUAAACAUUGAAUGAUACAGGCAGCGGAUACGUAUCUUAGGUAGUUUGGUUUUGGUGAUAGUUAAAUGGAAGCGUUAUUAUCGAUGCAUGCAUAAUAAUAUACAUGUAUAUAAGAAAAUUGAUGUAUUGUAGUUUAUAUCGUUUGGUUUCUGUGAUAGUUGUUCUAGUAUUUAGAUAAGAUAUAUUGCUUUUUGGAUGAAAUGUCACUUUUACCCUUUGUUUUUAAUAUAAAAAAGCAAAACACAUCAAAAGAUAGGGACGUAGUUGGAAGUAGAAAACACUUCAACAAUCCCAAACAAACAAUCUCACCUAAAACUUGAGAUAUUACUAUCACUCAUUAUGAGUGAUAGUUUCGAUCACAUUAAGCAAACAAUGCAUGUAUAAUUUGUGCAUAAAAUUAAAAAAUACAGUGCAUAAUGGACAAUACAUGCAUUGUAAGUCAAUGUAGUCAAAAGCGAGUUUCUAUGUAGAAACGUUUUGGUGAUCUAGAAGCGUAAAAUAGUAAGUUUUUAAGUUUUAAAGCAGAGUUUUUAACCAACAUAAGUUAUAAAAACUGAGAUUUUGUGUGGAAGCGUUUAGUGACCUAAAAACGUAAAAUCGUAAGAUUUUAAGUUUUAAAGCGUAAUUUUGACUACAUUGAUUGUAACUAUCUCAACCAAACAAUCACCGAACUAAACUACCGUUUAUCAAUAAAGGUCGUGUCGUGCAUAUUCGUGCUCGUGUCGUGCUCAUAUUCGUGUCUAAUGAAAAGGAAGAAAAUAAAAGAGAGAAUGAAAAAGAAGGUGAAAAAAUGGACGAAAAAAUAUAGUAUUAACCGAGAAUGUUUGAGAAAAGUAACAAAUAUGGGGGAAUAGAAAAUUGGAAGUAUAGCGGGUGUUAUUUGACUUUGUUUAAUUUUCGUCUAUUUUUACUUAUGAUAGUAAUUACGUAUAUAUCUUUAUGACACUCCUAACAACAACAAAUAAUUAUUUUUCUACUUGUAUUUUGUAAUAUUUGAACCUAUAAUUCUUUCUAUAUUUAUUUUCUAUGAAAUAAAUGUUAUUUUUGUGC